UCCUCUUCCUCUCCAAAGGCAGGUGUAGCCGCCACAGCUGGACGAGACACCCUGAGCUGGCAUGGAGGGGGGCAAGGGGGGCCGGCUCAGAGACUUCCUGACGGGGGGCCUGGCCACCUGGGCACUAGGACUGGCCGGGCUGGUGGGGGAGGCGGAGGAGUUGGAAGGAGACGAGGAGGAAGAGGAGGAAGAGGAGCUCCUCUGCCCGGGGAGAAGGCUCCUUCGUCUCAGCCAGGGCACCCUGCUCCUGCGGGUGCUGGGCAUCAUCUCACCCAGUUCCCGAGGGCGACCUCAAGUGGUCCAGGGCCUGGAUGGACCUGCGGCCCGGCGGAUGUGGAACUUGGACCAGCUGUGGAGCCGCCUGCGAGACUUCUACCAGGAGGAGCUUCAGCUGCUGAUCCUAUCGUCACCCCCAGACCUCCAGACGCUGGGGCUUGACCCCCUGUCAGAGGAGGCUGUGGAGGAGCUGGAAAGCAUCUUGCGGCUGCUGCUGGGGGCAUCUGUGCAGUGUGAACAUCGGGAACUCUUUAUCCGGCACAUCCGGAGCCUCAGCCUGGAUGUCCAGAGCGAGCUGGCCAGUAUCAUCCAGGAGGUAACGCAGCCUGGGGCAGGCAUGGUGCUGGCGCUGGCGGGACCAGAGCCUGGAGAGCUGACGGCCACGGAGCUGGAGAUGCUGACCCGGAGCCUGUUGGGCACUCUCUCGAGGCUGGCACGGGAACGUGAUCUGGGGGCGCAGCGGCUGGCCAACCUGCUGCUGGAGCGCCAGCCAGCCCCCUUGCCUGUGGAGGCACCUGUGAUCGUUCCAGCUGAGGGCCCCUCACACCAUGUGGCCCUGCAGCUGGCCAACGCCAAGGCCCAGCUGCGGCGCCUGCGGCAGGAGCUAGAGGAGAAGGCCGAGCAGCUGCUGGACUCGCAGGAGGAGGUACAGGGCCUGGAGGCUGAAAGGCGAAGACUCCGCCAGGAGGCCCAGGCGCUGUCGGGACAGGCCAAACGGGCUGAGCUGUACCGCGAGGAGGUCGAGGCGCUGCGGGAGCGCGCGGGCCGCCUGCCACACCUGCAGGAGGAGCUGAGGCGCUGCCGGGAGCGACUGCAGGCAGCCGAGGCCUGUCGGGCCCAGCUCGUGGAGGAGCGCACGCUGACAGGGGCCCUGGAGGCCUCGAAGGCGUUGCUGGAGGAGCAGCUGGAGGUAGCGCGGGAGCGCUGUGCUCGCCUGCACGAGACACAGCGGGAGAACUUGCUGCUGCGGAGCCGCCUGGCUGAUGCUCACGGGGAGCUCGGCUCUCUGCGGCAACAGGUGGAGCAGCUGGCGGAGGAAAACCUGGAGCUGGAGCUGCAGCUGCAGCGGAGCCUGGCACCACCUCCUGGCUCCCCUGGGGAAGCACCGCUGGAGGGGCCACUGCCCUCAUUGCAAGAUGAGGUGAGGGAAGCAGAGGCCAGGCGGCUGAGGAUCCUGGAGCGGGAGAACCGGGAGCUGCGGGAGCUGCUGAGGGAGCUGCAGGGACAGCCGGGUGGCCAGCUCCUGCUACUAGAGGAUCAGAGUGAAGACUCCAUGCUUCCAGGACCCGGAGAGGCUCCACCGCCUCCACCAACCUCAGGCAACAGUCCCCAGGGGGAGGAUGAAGAUCCCCAGGCUGAGGCCUUGGCUCCCGUGGUGUCAGACUCAGCCCCCAAGGGGUCAGAUGACUUCCGGCAUGUGGCAGAGAGGCCCCUGAAGGUGGCUGUCCCAGUCUACCGGAACCCCCCCAAGUCCCAGCCUGCUGGGCAGACACAGGAGGUCCUAGAGGAGGCUAGCCAGGGAACCCCCCUCCAGACACUUUCCUCUGUGGCCCCAGUGCAGGGUCCAGAAGUGGAAAAUGAGCUGCAGCGACUGACAGUUGGAGAGAGAGGGGCAAGGGAGGCCCCCCAGCUGGGACCCUCCUCAGAGCUCUGCCUCCAUGUGCACCCCGAGGUGCCGGAGACCCCAGAUCAGGUGCUGGAGCUGUUUGAGCUGCAAACAGAGGCCCGGGAGCUGGAAGAGAACUUGGCGGGGACUCAAGGGGUUCCAGUCCCUGGGAUCCAGGCCAGACAGGAGCCUGUCCCCAUGAAGGAAAGCCUUACCAGCAGUGUAUUAGAGAAGGAGACCUUCAGGGAGGAGGUGGCACAGUUGAGGAAAGAGGCUGCGGCCCUGGGAGCGGAGUUGGAGACACAGACCCGAAGGCUGGAGGCUCGAGGCACAGAGGCUGCCCGCCUCUCAGAGGAACUGGCCCAAGUGCGGAAGGCAGAGGCCGAGGCCCACAGGAAGUCCGAGAGCCAGGCCUGGGAGCUGGGCCGGCUGCAGGAGGCACUGGAGGCCGCUGGCCGGGAGCUAAAGGCUGUGACCCAGGAGCGGCAGGCCCUGGCUGAGGCGCUGGCCGCUGCAGGCCGUGAACGGCGGCAGUGGGAGCGUGAGGGGCCCCGGCUGCGGGCCCGGGCCGAGGCUGCAGAAGAGCGUGUGCAGGCGCUGGAGGGCGAGAGCCGGCAGCAUCAAGAGGAGGCAGAGAAGGCAUGCCGGGAGAAGCAGGCCCUUGCUGAGGAGCUGGAGAAGGCUGUGGUGCGUGGCCAGGAGCUGGGCACCCGGCUGGAGAACCUGCAGAGGGAGCUCAGCCAGGCAGCUCUGCAGCGACAGGAGUUUCUGCGGGAACAAGAGAACCAGCAGCAGAGGUACCAGGGCCUGGAGCAGCGGCUGGAGGCUGAGCUGCAGGCGGCAGCCACCAGCAAGGAGGAGGCGCUGAUGAAGCUUAAGGCCAGGGCACUACGACUGGAGGAGGAGUUGUUCCAGCUGCGCCAGGGCCAGUCAGGCCCGAAGGAGCAUCCUGAGCCCUGGGACGCGGUGACCCAGAGUGGGCGGCUGAUCGAGGUGGAGCGCAAUAAUGCAACAUUGGUGGCCGAGAAGAUGGCCCUUCAGGGCCAGCUGCAGCACCUUGAGGGGCAGUUGGGCACGUUGCAGAGCCGGGCCCAGGAGCUGUUGCUGCAGAGUCAGCAGGCCCAGGAGCACAGCAGCCGCCUGCAGGCUGAGAAGUCCGUGCUGGAGAUCCAAGGCCAAGAGCUGCACCGAAAGCUGGGGGUGCUGGAGGAGGAGGUGCGGGUGGCACGGCAGUCCCAGGAGGAGACCCGCGGGCAGCAGCAGGCCUUGCUGCGCGACCACGAGGCUCUGGCCCAGCUGCAGCGGCGGCAGGAGACGGAGCUGGAGGGACUGCUGGUGCGGCACCGGGACCUCAAGGCCAACAUGCGGGCGUUGGAGCUGGCCCACCGCGAGCUGCAGGGCCGGCACGAGCAGCUGCAGGCCCAGAGAGCCAACGUGGAGGCACAGGAGGUGGCCCUGUUAGCGGAGCGCGAGCGCCUGAUGCAGGAUGGGUAUCGGCAGCGGGACCUGGAGGAGGAGCUGCGGAGGCUGCAGAGCGAACAUGAGAGAGCUCAGCAGCUGUUGGCAGAGGUGUCCCGGGAGCGCGGGGAACUGCAGGGUGAGCGUGGGGAGCUGCGGAGCCGACUGGUCCGACUGGAGCUGGAGCGGGCGCAGCUGGAGAUGCAGAGCCAGCAGCUACGCGAGUCCAACCAGCAGCUGGACCUCAGCGCCUGCAGGUUGAGCACGCAGUGUGAGUUGCUCACUGAGCUGCGGAGCGCCCAGGAGGAGGAGAACCGGCAGCUCCUGGCCGAGGUGCAGGCCCUGAGCCGUGAGAACAGGCAGUUGCUGGAGCGGAGUUUGGAGAGCCGAGACAAUCUGCACCGUGAACAGCGCGAGUACCUGGAUCAGCUCAACGCCCUGCGCCGGGAGAAGCAGAAACUGGUGGAGAAGAUCAUGGACCAGUACCGUGUGCUGGAGCCCGGGCCGCUGCCCCGGACCAAGAAGGGCAGCUGGCUGGCAGACAAGGUGAAGAGGCUGAUGCGGCCCCGGCGGGAGGGGGCGCCGCACGGGUGGCCGCGCCUGGGGGCCGAAGGGGCUGGCAGCACGGAGAGCCUGGGGGGUCCCCUGGAGACGGAGCUCCCCGAGGGCAGGGAGGUGGAUGGGACAGUGUCGCCCUCACCAGCACCCAUGCGCCGGGCCCAGAGCUCCCUCUGCCUGCGGGACGAGACCCUGGCAGGCGGACAGCGGCGGAAACUCAGCUCACGGUUCCCGGUGGGGCGAAGCUCUAACUCAUUCAGCCCCGGCGACAGCCCCCGGCAACGAUUCCGACAGCGCCGGCCAGGCCCUCUGGGGGCACCCAGCGCCCAUGGCAAAGGAUGUGGUGUGGGAUGGGAAGGCUCCGUGGAGACCCUCCAGGAACACACGGCCGACACCAGCCAUGAGGGCCUCAAGGAGCAGGACCCGGAGAAGCGCCCCCUCACCCCUGCCCUCAGCCAAUGAUAGUGCGGACACUGGCAGCUUCGGAGGUGCAUUGGCCUCUGGCCCCUGGACAGGCUCGAGGGACCCCAGGCAGCCCCAGAGCCAGGGGCGAGCAGAGCACUUGGACAAGGAGGCCUGGGCUCCGAGGACCCCGGUGGCCAGCAGG